GCUUAUGAAAUUGCCGCCACCAUUCCCAUUCUUCCUUCUUCCUUUUUCCUUUCUCCGUUCCUUCCUUCCUUCCUUCCUUCCUUCCAUGGCUAUCGCUUCCUCUUCCAAACUCUAGCUCCACCUACUUCCACUUCACACACACACACGAAAUUCCUUCCAAUAUCACCCAACGUUCUCAUUUCCUCGGGCCGAUCACCGCAAAUUUAUGUUUCGUCCCACUUUACAAUCCAAUGUCCGCAGAUUUUUCUCGUGGACAUUGCAGAGAUUCGAGUUGAUAGAAUGUUGUAGAAAUAUUUGUUGUUUUCUGUACUGUUUUCCUUUCGUGUUUAUGUGAAUAAGAAAAAUAAUUUUCCUGCUUCAUUCGUCGCGUUAACGUUGAUACUAAGGCGCUUUGUAUGGAGAAAGAGAUGGAAACGGAUGAAGAAAUGAAAGAGGUCACCGAUAAGCCAUUUGUUUGGGAGGAGAUUGAUUUGGAUUACGAGUUUGAUGUCGCUAUGUAUUACGAUUUCACUCGUCCCGAGACAGAGAAAGAGAUCAAGGAAGCCGAGGAUUGGUUCAAAUUUGCUGGAACCUAUCCACCCUCUCCAUUCGUCCUAAAACUGAAUGAAGAAGAGGUUCGAGCAGAGUGCAACUCUACGGAGCUCAUGAAUGUGCAGAAUCACUGGGACGACCAUAAAAAUUCUGAGAUUAGUGAGAAUGAUUCAGAUAUUCUAGGAAUUAAUUCGAAGUCUACUAUCAAGGUAAAUCCACCAAGGUGUUCAAAUUUUAUGAAACCAACAGCAAGCUAUUUGGCCAAGCAAAAUCAACCUCGGGGAAUACAUUCCAACACGGUUCUUCGUAGAUUUCAGUUCAGCUUGGGCGAUAGUAUAGAGAUCAGCUCUCAGCGGUCUUCAUUAAAUAUUAGUCAUGCUACCAAAAGGCAGAAGUUGGAGGCUGGUUAUUUUUCCAAUGUCCCACGUUCAAUGCGUCAAACAAGUUUGCUACACAAGGUACCUAAAAAGAUUAUUUCAGAAGUUUGCCCACCUCUUACAAAAUUUAAAGCUACCAUACCUAAAGAGCCCAAUCUUGAGACAGCAAAUAGAGCACAAAGAGACAGGUCUAAAAUCGACAUGACAACAACUGAACAUAAUAAAUUGGAUGCUUCUAAUUUUAAAGCACGGCCGCUGAACCGAAAAAUCCUUGAGGCUCCUACUUUGCUCCCACCAAAGAAGAGUAUACCGCAGAUGCCUGAAUUUCAAGUGUUUCAUCUUAAGACAUCAGAGAGGGCCGCACAACACACAUAUGUUGUAAAUAGUCCUUACGUAUCUAAUUCACUAGGUGAAAACAAGUGCACAAGAAGACCAAGUCCUCCUCACGAUAUGAAGCAAGAGAAAUGUGUAAAAGCCGAAAAAUGUAAAGCACGACCGCUUGAUAAGACACUCUCAAAUAAUGAAGAAUGUGAUGUCUUUGUGAAUUGUAAAGAUGGAACACCUAUCGCCAAGGAAUUCAACUGUCUAGAUCAAAAGAGAUGUUUGGAUGAGCUACCAACCAAAUUACUUAGCAAGCUCACCCUUUCGUCGGAUUGUAAUCAAUGCAGUACAAAAUUUCAUUGCAAAAUGCAUUUUUCGGAGAACACAAUGCUCAAAAGUGAAUGUCACAGGCUUCCACAAUCAAGAGCAUGAGUUGUAGGUUAUUGAUAUACUUUUGCCAAAAUCACGGUGGCUUUGUUGCGAAGUGAGACCUAACAUUGAGAUCACACUAGCAGGAUGAAAGCAUGAUAAAAUGAAGUGGGAGCGGGCAUGCGACUACAAGCAAUAGGCUUUGAACAAGCAUAACUAUAACAUUGUCCUCUACUCAAAUGGUUGACGACCUCACCAAUCGACUCUGCUCAAACUCUUGAGCAGUUGCCUUGAGGAGUUUUGCAUAUUUUCUACUUGACUUCUCUGUCUUAGGGGCUCUUUCACUUCUCUUGGGAAACUCCCAUCUGUUGCCUCAUGCAUAUGUUGGCUCAGUGUUCUAACAUGGUUGCCAAUUGUUGGGAGCCUUAUGGUGACUUUGUUCUUGAUGUCUCUCUUCAACAUUGUAGACGGGCACUUCGUAACAUUGUAUUGUUUUCUAGUAUAGUCGAGAUGAUAGAAUUUGAAAUUCCUCACAUGAAUGACAGGAUGAACAUCCACAAAGUCAAAUGCACCCCAUAAGAGGUUUUUCCGACUUUGUUGGCAACUUUCACAAAUUCUUUAUAUUCUCUUGGGCUUAUUCUGUAAAGUGGUAAAUGGUUGACCAUAAUACCCUAUUUCUGUUA